AUGGCAUCGUACAAUCAACAACAAGCGUCAUUUUCUCCACCAAUGUAUCCGGAACCUAAUGAUACUGGUCGUCCAAUACCACCACCUCGAGCAGAGUUUGAGCGCAAUCCUCAAGAAGAACCUUUUCUACCUCAAAUACCUAGGCGCAUGGAUAAACAAGAAGAAAAUAAUCCUACCAUACCAAAUCAAGAAUGCUCAUGUAAUUACAAUCGUUAUGCAACAAAAAAGACAAUCGGGCAUGGUUUAUUAGAAUUUGCUUUAUUGACAAGUAAUGCAAUGCAACUACGAACAUUAAUAAAUCAAAAACAACGUGAUGGCAUUUGGAUUGCAUCACUGGUUCUUGUUUGCAUUUCAAUUCUUGCACAAGUAGCUUUAGCUUAUGUACUUAUUAUUGUUGGAAAAGGUAAUAUUCAAAAUCCCAAUAAACAAGAAAGAUUAGAAAAAUAUAAUAAUAUUGCAUUAUUUAUAACGACAUUAGUGUCAAUGAUAAAUGUUAUUAUUAAUAUAUUUAUGUCAACAACAGAUUCAAAUAGUUAUUUAGAUACAUCAUCAUUAGCAUUAUUAAAAAAGCAAGCAUGA